GUUGGAAACUUGCCUCUUGACAUCCGAGAAAGAGAUAUUGAUGACCUGUUCUACAAGUAUGGACGGAUCCGCGAUAUUGAGGUGAAGACGCCUUCUAGGCCCCCUGCGUUUGCGUUUGUUGAAUUCGACAACCUGUAUGAUGCCGAGGAUGCUGGGAUGUGCGCACUUCCAUGUACAGAUGGAGUCAUGUUCGAAGGAGCAAGGCUGCGAGUGGAGAUGUCGCGUGGAACGGCUGCGACUUACGGAUACGACAAGAGGGGGUCGGGCAAAGCUCCUCCUCGCAACCUGAGGCGCUCUGACUAUCGAGUGAUUAUCUCCGGCCUGCCCAAGUCAGCUUCAUGGCAAGAUCUCAAAGACUUCUUCAGACAGGCUGGAGAGAUCGUCUACACCGAUGUUGAUCGACAGGGUGGCGGGAUCGUGGAAUUCGCCAACGAGGACGAUCGGGACUAUGCGAUCAAGAAGUUCGAUGACACUGAGUUCUCAAACCCGUUUGACCGGGGCUACAUCCGUGUC